UCCAUAUAGGUCGGGCUUUUGCAUAUGUGUAAUCAAACCAAUGAGAAUCCCCUGCGCGUCUGGCACACGGCAGAGCAACAAACUCUAGGAAGAAGAGAAGCGUAAUUUAGGGGGUGUAUCCCUUGUUUAAGACGCUGUUAUGGCAAAGCCAAUCGCCAGAUGUUUGUGUUCCUCACUCCGAUUUUGAGACUAAGCAGAACGCCGGGUUACUAUACGCGGAGGCUGAAUCUCGUAUCCAAGCCGCACUUUUUUAGCCAAAGUCUAGCGAUCUUUCUUGUCUUUGCGCACAGGAUUACUCGUCUAUUUCGCGGAACUGCAACGAUUUUUUCCCUUUUCUGUCAUUCUUUAACAGGGCGAAGGAAAUGGCAAAGGAGAGAGGAUCGGGUCUGGGAGAGCGCAGAGGAAACCAGAGCUGAAUGGCAGGAUGCGAGCGACCUGAAGACGCACAAAACCGCACAUUUCUACAGCUCUCAGACCCUUUUGCGCGCUCUUUCGGUUUCCUUCUUUACACGCGAGAGGAAUUACCCAAAUACGACCAUCUGAGGAUUGUCUCAUCGUUUUUUGCCAAAUUUGUGUUAUUUUUCCGCACUCCGAACUCCAGGAUUCGAGGAUGCAUUGUGGAUUAGUGUUGAUCCUCUUUACGGGAAUCUUUCUCAUCGUCAGUGCUCUCAAAAAUGACAAAUGUGGGGACAAUAUCAGGAUCACUAGUGCCAAUUAUCUCACAUCGCCCGGCUAUCCAGUAUCUUACUACCCGUCUCAGAAAUGCAUAUGGGUGAUUACAGCUCCAGGACCCAACCAGAGGAUUUUGAUCAACUUCAACCCACACUUUGACCUGGAAGACCGAGAGUGCAAAUAUGACUAUGUGGAAGUGAGAGACGGCGUGGAUGAGAACGGGCAGCUGGUGGGCAAAUAUUGUGGAAAGAUCGCUCCAUCUCCGGUGGUCUCGUCGGGAAACCAGCUCUUCAUCAAGUUUGUGUCCGACUACGAGACUCACGGUGCCGGAUUCUCCAUCCGCUAUGAGAUCUUCAAAACGGGUCCAGAAUGUUCCAGGAACUUCACCUCCAGCAGCGGAGUCAUCAAGUCGCCCGGAUUUCCAGAGAAAUACCCCAAUAAUUUGGACUGCACGUUCAUGAUCUUUGCUCCUAAGAUGUCAGAAAUCGUUUUAGAGUUCGAGAGUUUUGAGCUGGAGCCAGACACGCAGCCGCCCGCCGGAGUCUUCUGCCGAUACGACCGCCUGGAGAUUUGGGACGGAUUCCCUGGAGUUGGUCCAUACAUCGGCAGAUACUGCGGACAGAAUACUCCAGGACGGAUCAUAUCCUACACUGGAACUUUGGCCAUGACAAUCAACACAGACAGCGCUAUUGCUAAAGAAGGAUUUUCAGCUAAUUUCACUGUGCUGGAAAGGACGGUUCCUGAUGACUUUGACUGCACUGAGCCUUUGGGUAUGGAAACUGGGGAAAUCCAUUCGGACCAAAUCAUGGCCUCGUCCCAGUACAGCAACAGCUGGUCAGCAGAACGAUCACGACUCAACAACCCAGAGAACGGCUGGACGCCUUUGGAGGACACGAAUAAAGAGUGGAUUCAGGUUGAUCUUGGAUUUCUGCGCUUUGUCUCGGCCAUCGGCACACAGGGAGCCAUUUCUCAGGAGACCAAGAAGAAAUAUUACGUGAAGGAAUAUAAGGUGGACGUGAGCUCCAAUGGUGAAGACUGGAUCACUAUUAAGGAUGGCCCAAAACAGAAGCUUUUCCAGGGUAACACCAACCCUACUGAUGUGGUGAAAGCCAAGUUUCCAAAGCCCACGCUGACCCGAUACCUGCGGAUCCGACCCAUUAACUGGGAAACUGGCAUCGCACUGCGGUUCGAGGUCUACGGAUGCAAGAUCUCAGAGUAUCCGUGCUCAGGAAUGCUGGGAAUGGUUUCAGGCCUGAUCACAGACUCUCAGAUCACCGUCUCGUCCCACAUCGAGCGUACCUGGGUUUCAGAAAACGCUCGUCUGAUGACCAGCCGUUCAGGAUGGAUGUUACUGCCACAGUCACAACCGUAUGCAGACGAAUGGCUGCAGAUAGAUCUGGCCGAAGAAAAACUAGUCAAAGGUUUGAUCAUCCAGGGAGGCAAACACCGAGAUAACAAGGUGUUCAUGAAGAAGUUUCGUCUGGGAUACAGCAACAACGGAUCCGAUUGGAAAUUGGUGAUGGAUGCUACCGGCAACAAGCCCAAGAUUUUUGAGGGGAAUUUGAACUAUGACACCCCAGCGUUGAGGACAAUGGAGCCAGUGUUGACACGCUUUGUUAGGAUUUACCCAGACAGAGGCACUCCUGCUGGGAUGGGACUCAGACUGGAACUUUUGGGAUGUGAAAUGGAAGUGCCUACAGUGCCGCCUACUACACCCGCAGCCUCCACCACACCGUCAGACGAGUGUGACGAUGACCAGGCCAACUGCCAUAGUGGAACAGGUGAUGACUACGACCAGACAGGUGGAACCACUGCGACAGAGACGAUCAGGGAGAUGAGCACCAUUCCAGGUGAGAAAGCAUUCCUGUGGUUUGCUUGUGACUUCGGCUGGGCAAAUGAUCCUUCGUUCUGCGGCUGGAUCUCCGAGGACAGCGGUUUCAGGUGGCAGAUUCAGUCCAGUGGCACCCCGACUCUAAACACCGGCCCAAACAUGGACCACACAGGCGGAUCAGGGAACUUCAUCUACACGCUGGCGACCGGAGCUCAGGAGACAGAAGUGGCCCGGUUAGUGAGUCCGUCGGUGUCGGGCCAGGACUCAGACCUCUGCCUGUCUUUCUGGUACCACAUGUUUGGCUCUCACAUCGGCACGCUGCACAUUAAACAGCGCAGAGAGACCAGUCAGGGCUCGGCUGAUGUGCUGCUGUGGACCGUCAGCGGACAUCAGGGCAACCGCUGGAGGGAGGGACGCGUCCUCAUACCACACUCCAACAAACCCUACCAGGUAAUAAUUGAAAGUGUGGUCGAGAGGAAGAGUUGGGGAGACAUCGCUGUAGACGACAUCAAAAUCUUAGACAAUGUGAACAUGGCCGACUGCAAGGACCCAGAUGUCCCAGCAGAGCCGAUACAGCCAGAAGACAAUUUCAAUGAAAUCAUGGUGGACAUCACCGAUUUCCCAGAUAUCGUGGAGAACCCAGAUAUCGGCGGAGCUGGAAACAUGCUGAAAACCCUGGACCCCAUCCUCAUUACUAUCAUCGCCAUGAGUGCGCUUGGUGUUUUCCUGGGCGCCAUCUGUGGCGUGGUGCUGUACUGCGCCUGCUCUCAUAGCGGCAUGUCAGACAGGAACUUAUCAGCCCUGGAGAACUAUAAUUUUGAGCUGGUGGACGGCGUCAAGUUAAAGAAGGACAAGCUCAACUCACAGAACUCGUACUCGGAAGCGUGAGGCGCCGACCAAUAAGAGGGAAUCUCUCCUCAGGGGGGGCGGGGCUACAUGGACUGCCGAUGCCAUCCGAUUGGAGGAGGACAAGGCUCUGUGGUUCAGUGAACCAAUCGGAGGAGGACUGGGACUGAGCCAUGCUUUUCUCAGGAGCUGCAGUGAAUAGAACCCACCAGUAGGGGGACACUGUGUACAAAACAUUGAAAAAAAAACACACGAAUAUGUACAGAUGAUUGAAAUUAUUAUUUUAUUGUUUUGUAUUAUUUUUUGGUUGAUCAUUUUUACAAUCGGAUGCUGGUGUUGAGACCAAUAUAUAAUAAUGUUAUAAAGUAUUUAUCUUUUCUUUCUUUUCUAGGAGGAAUUUAUUUUUAUUUUUAAAAAAAGAGAUUGUUUUGCGCUUUAAGGAGAUGUGUAAACAAAAACAAACAAAAAAACCCAAAUGAACCAUAUAUACGGCCAAGGGAAGGUAAUUAGGAUCAAAGGGGUGGAAUAUCAUCCAGCCCUGUUGCAUUCUGGGUAUGGUUCGGUCAGUGCCUUUGGUACAUCUUUUUUGGCCUCCUCUGUUGUUUUAUGGCGUUCUCAACCCUUUAGUUCUUUAAAACAAAACAAGGCUGAAACUGCAAAACGAAUCCCGGGGAAAUUCAUAGCGCUUUAAUGUCGAAAUCAUGCAUAUUGUACAUACGUUUUAAUAUAUUUUAAUGCCCUUUUCAAAGAAACAAGUAAAAGGACAAAAAAGAGAGCUGCAGUAUCCCUUUUUUCCUGGGUUGUAUGUUGUAAAUACAAUCGUCUGAGUGUUUCGUGGAGUGAAACGUGUGCUUUUUUUCCGUCCUGUUGGGUUCUUUUUGCUACGCUCCCAAAAGAUGCAGCCCUUGUUCAAAACAGAAGUCCAUCACAGGAUCCGCUGUCUCAUAUAAAGCUGAGCAUCGUCUUACACUGAAAUAGACAUUGAUUAUUGUGCGAAGAACAUUUCACAUCAGAUGUUCAAUUCCGUUAAAGUGGAGAAACAAUAUUUUUGGAUUAUUAAAAUGCUCUUCAUAUGAAGACACAAAUAAUCCUUAAUGUUCUCUCACUCUUUAUUUUUAAGAGUGCGUCUCUCACACCCCACGUGAAAAAAAAUAAUAUAGUAAUUUAUAGUAAAUACUGUAGUGUUUUUGAGCAAGGAUCCAAUAGUAAAGCGUAUUAUACUAUACACUCACCGGCCACUUUAUUAGGUACACCUGUCCAACUGCUUGUUAAUGCAAUUUCUAAUCAGCCAAUCACAUGGCAGCAACUCAGUGCAUUUAGGCAGGGUCAAGACGAUGUGCUGCAGUUCAAAGCAAGCAUCAGAAUGAGGAAGAAAGGGGAUUUAAGUGACGUGGCAUGGUUAUUGCUGCCAGACAGGCUGCUGUGAGUAUUUCAGAAACUGCUGCUCUACUGGGAUUUUCAUGCACAACCAUCUCUAGGGUUUACAAUGGUCUGAAAAAGAGGAAAUUUACUCAAAUGGCCUCCACAGUCACCAGAGCUCAAUCCAAUUGAGCACCAUUGUGAUGUGGAGGAAAGGGAGUGUAUAUCUCUGAGGAAUAUUCCCAGUAACUUCUUGAAUCUAUGCCACAAAGGAUUAAGGCAAAUCUGAAGGUGUCCAACCCGGUACGAGUAAGGUGUACCUAAUAAAGUGGCCGGUGAGUGUAUAUAUUAUAGUAUUUGAUAAUGAAUGCUGAAUUACCGAAACAGAUUGAAUCAAGUACACAAAAUAGUCAAGUGCUGUGUCCCAAAUGGCACACUAUGCACUUACACACUCAACAGCAAAGUAUAUGUAUGUGGGGUCGUCCCAAGUAGACCACUACUGUUUUUUACUAAGCGGAAAUUCAAACUGUUUCCCAGAUGACGUUUGACGGUUUAAUUAACAAAACAAAUUAGCAAACUAACAAUUAAUACCUGUCAUGAGUAUAACCGCAUUCACCAUCGGGAGGCGCUUUAAUCACUCUCGUAGGAGAAUACGGCUUUCACAAUCCAAAAUAAAGUAAUCCAACAUCAGUGCUCUUCCGCUGGGUGAGCAAUCCAGCAGCCGUUGAGUGUGUGAAGUGUCCAAUAAGUGCAUUAUCCUGGUAUUUAAACAUUGAAGAAGCGCAUCAUCCGGGUUUUGCACCUAUUCCUUUAAGAGUGUUCAGUGUGAACGCACUACGUACACUAUUUACACUACGAAAUGUUGUAGAGUAGUGCAUAAGCAUGCGAUUUGGGACGCACCUAUUAUGUUUUUGUUAAUAUAUAGUUACAUUUUAAGUUAGUUAUACAAAUUCUGGCAGCACUGUGGCUCAGUGGUUACCACGGUCACCUCACAGCUAAAACGUCACUGGUUCGAGUCAGUUGGUGUUUCUGUGUGGAGUUUGCAUGUUCUCCCCAUGUUGGCGUGGGUUUCCUCAUGCGCUAUGGGGGAAUUGAUUGACUAAAUUAGCCGUAGUUUAUGAGUGUGUGUGUGUAAAUGAGAGUGUAUGGGUGUUUCCCAGUGUUGGGUUGCAGCUGGAAGGGCAUCCACUGCCUAAAAAACAUGAUGGAAUAGUUGGCGGUUCAUUCCACUGUGGUGACCUCUAAUAAAUAAGGGACUAAGCUGAAGAAAAAAGGAGUAACUAGUAUGAAUUACUACAGUAUUUUUGUCAUGUGGGGAUUCAGAAUGUCUAUCCAGCAUACCAAAAAAACACACACCGUGGUAAAAUGAUCAUCAUUGCCUUGCUUUGAUUUGCCUACAGUUGGAGCUCAUUAUCAUUAUUAUUAAUGUGGUCUGGAUUAAAGCUGUCGGCGGCUUUAAGAGUGGUGCUAUUAUUACAGUCAUAUCUGCAGAAAUGUUUGUGGAGUCUGUCAUUGGCCUUGUGUCUCUACCAAAGGACUGUUGCCUCAAACUGCAGGGUCCAAUCACAACAACAACAACCAGCCCCAAAAAAGAAGACAUCCUCACCUUCGCUCAUCAUCAUCAUCAUCACUUCUGGACUGACCUACACGUGUAGUUUAACCAAUAACAGGGCUUCACUGCUGACAAUACUAACGUUUUCUACAGGUUUCUUGGUAUGUUCAUGUACUGUGUUGUAUACUGUGGCGAACACUUUUAUUUCUUGCGUUUCUUUGGACGACAUGAAUCCGAGUGUCGAUGCUACAUGUGUGCGUCUGAAGCUGGCGAGAAAGCAUAUACUGUAGCAUUAACUGAAAGAAACGAUGUUGCACUGAUCAAUAUAUUUGAUGAUGAAGUUUAUGUGUUUAUAGCGUUCAUUUGUAUAAAAAAGACAACUGAAAUAAAAUCAAAAAGACGGCGUUCAUUUUUACUUUCUAAUAUAGUUUCAGAAUGUGCAAUGCCGUUCUGAAACGGUCGAUUUAUCGAGAUGUUUUCAUUAUUGAAAAAGCUAUACAGAUUUCCUAUAGUAAAUACUCCUAUUUACCUGGCCCUGGUUCUCCUUUUGUUUUUGUACUGUCGUUUGUUUGUGCUGAUUUGAUUUAGUUUGUUUGUUUUUUUUACGAUCAGACGCGGACGCAAAGAUUACUUUUAUUUUCAAUACUGCCUCUGUAAUUUGCUGUUGUAGGAAGGAAGGAAAAAAAUGAAUAAAGACAGCAAGGCCUUAAAAUGGA